AUGCCCAUCACCUCUUGGGGCAUAGCUACGGCUAUCUCUGUUCCCGACGGUGUGGACGCAGUCAGCGUGAACGGAGAGCCAGCUGCAAUACUUCUGCCCGCAGGAGUCUCCGGCUCCUCAACAAGUAGCACAGGAUAUACCAUUGAGACCUUCCACCUCUACCUCUAUUGUCGACGACAGCAGGUUCCGUGGCUUCUAGGACUAACGCCUUUGAGUCCGCCGUUCACUGGUAAAGCGUUCGUGAGCCGCUUGCCCAUGUCUAACACUCUGGGGACGAUUGGAGCUCUCGUGGUUGCUCUCCCGCUCUAA